AUGAAGAUAUUUGCGUGAUAUUUUAACCUGUAAUGUUUGCCUUAUUUGUUGUGUGUGUGUUUAUGCAAAUACUGUUGUUUGAAAUGAGAUUGUUUUUUUCUACCUUUUUUUUUGAUAAUUUGGAUUCGUGAUUGGCAGGUUGUUUAUUGACAAGUUCUUUUUCUGUGCUGUGUUCUACAUUUUCAUUUUUGGCCGCCGUCCAUUAAGUUCAAUCCAUCUGUGAAUUUAAAUUGUGUAAUCUUUGCAAAACAAAACAGAAGUUUGCAUCAUUAAAAAAUAGUGGGUUUUAUCACAGUUUGUGUGGAUGUUUUGAUCAUCACGAUCCAUGAACUGAUCGUAGGUGUUUUUUCUUCUCUUCGUAACUGUUUCUUCAUUGUGUUUUUUUUUGGAAAAAAUGUUUUGAAAAUCCAAAAAACAACAACAAUACAAUCAUGCGUUUAACAAUCAAAUUGAUCGUUAAAUUUGGUUUAAUAGCCGAAAUAAUAACAGCUAUUAUUGGUUUGAUUGGUGAAUAUUCAUUACGAUAUCCGGCAUAUCAAAUGGCAAUGGAUGAAUUAUUUGGCGUUUGGUCAAAUUCGGAAUCAUCCGAAUCAAUGAAAAAAUUUCAUCAACAUUUAGAUUGGCCAUCAAAUCAUCAACAUUAUGAUCAUCAAACGGGUGAAAGUUAUAAAUUAUCACAAUUAAAUGAAUUAGCAAGAGUUAAUCAUUACCAUGAUGAUGAUGAUAAUUUUAACGACAAUCCACAACAACAACAAAAUCGAACAUUUUUAUCAAAAUUUUUUUCACGAAUAUCAACAUGGCUAUUUCCACAUCAAAGUUCAUCAUCAUCAUCAUCGAAUUCUAUUUUUACUCAUAGUGCAAAAGAUUCGAAAUUGGAUCGAAAUUUUCAAAAUUUACAACAACAAGAUUAUUCAUUUGAUCCAAGACCAUUAUUCAUUUUAUCCAUAUUGAUUAUAUUGAAUUUCGUAUUUAUUUUUGCUAUAAUAUUUGAAUUAUUAACAUUAAUCGGUCUAAUGUCAAUGUCAUGGAUAUUAUAUCUAAUUUUAUUAUUUGUUGUUGUACAUGUUAUGAAUGAUAAUGAUAAUAAUUCAAUAAUUGAUCAAUCAUCAUCAUCAUCGAUGACAAAAUUAUUAUGGACAUCAAUAUUACCAUCACCAUUUAUAAUAUUGGUUGUUGUUAUAAUCUUAUUGUUUACCUUUAUAUUAAUUGCAUUGAUUACUGAAGAACGGCGACAAUUUGCACAAAGAAUACGUGCACGUUCAGCUUGUAUACCAUUAGUUAAAUCACGGGAUAUGGAUUUGGAUGAUAUUUGAUAAAUCAACAGA